AUGUCUAACAUGAAGACACCGGCAGGAUCUCCGCAACAAGAAGCAGCCGGCAAAGCAUCAAGUUCGACAGGAACUGUGGAACCAGGUGAAACCAGCAAACCAACAAGUUCCAAAACGCUUGCUCUGACUGUGUGCUCUGCUGCCAUUGGAGGUACCUUCCAGUAUGGAUACAAUAUUUCAAUUAUCAACUCUCCCACCAGCUACAUCCAGACAUUCAUCAAUAAUACCUACACAGCACGCUACGGUACUGCCUUGGAAACCAAUCACAUUACGUUGAUUUGGACGCUAAUAGUGUCAGCUUUCCCUCUGGGAGGUCUACUUGGAGCCCUACUUGCUGGACCAAUGGCGGUUCGCUUUGGAAGGAAGAAUUCUCUGCUUUUCAAUAACUUAUUUUUAUUGGUAGCUAGUGUGUUAGUUCUGCUGUGCAGGUUUGCAAGAUCAUUCGAGAUGAUCAUCUUUGCUCGGUUCCUAGUGGGCAUUAAUUCAGGGGUUAGUAUGAAUGUCCAGCCCAUGUACUUUGGGGAAAGUGCCCCCAAACACCUAAGGGGCGCUGUGGCAUUUUCCUCUGCUGUUUUUACGGCGUUUGGGAUUUUCUCAGGUCAAGUUGUGGGGUUAACUGUGGUGUUGGGAACAGAACCUCUCUGGCCCUACCUACUAGCCAGCAACAUGCUUCCAGGAUUGAUCCAGAUGCUCACGCUACCUUGGUUCCCGGAAAGUCCCAGAUAUCUUCUCAUUGACAAGGGAGACCGUGCAGCAUGUGUCCGGGCACUUGAAAGACUUCGUGGUGGCGUGGCUGCAGUUUCGGAAAUACAGGAAAUACUCGAAGAACAGCAGAGGUCCUCCAAACCUGGAUGUGCAGCGUCUGGAAAGACACCCUGGUCCCUUUUUAAGGAUCCUAACUUACGAUCCCAGCUCCGAACGGUCAUGGUGGCAAGCAGUGCUAUGAUGCUCUGUGGCAAUGACUCCAUCUACUUCUACGCGUCCUACAUAUUUCUUCAGGCAGGCAUCCCUGCAGACAAAAUCCAAUAUGCCACCAUUGGCACAGGGGCAUCCGAACUGACUGCUUCAAUCCUGAGCAACUUCCUGAUUGAACAAGUGGGCCGCAAGUGUCUUCUUGUUGGGGGCUACACUCUUAUGUCUUGCUGGACUGUAGUCUUCACAGUCGCCCUCACACUCCAACAACGAGGAGUCGAAGGGAUGUCCACCCUCAGCAUGGUAUGCGUGUUCGCCUACAUCCUUAGCUUCGGUUUGGGCCCCGCAGGUGUGACAGGAAUCCUGCCCGCGGAGAUCUUUUACCAGUCGGCCCGUCCUGCAGCGUACAUGGUCGCCGGAUCGCUAAUGUGGCUCAGUCUGUUCCUGGUAGGAAUGUUGUUUCCGUUCAUUGUCAGAAGUCUGGGGAGCAUCUGCUUCCUGCCAUUCUUGGCUGUGUGUUUUCUAUCUGCUGUGUUUUUGGGGCUCACGUUCCCAGAGACGAAAGGCAAGAGCCUGGCUGAGAUCACCGCAGAGUUUGAUCGAAAGAACCAAUCGAACAUGCUGGCACAGCAUGUGAAUGAGCCCCUGCAGGAUCACAAUGAGCAGGAGGAAGUCAGCUCCUUUACUUUCCUAAGACAGGAUCUAGACCAUGGGGACUGAACUCCGGAAUCUUACAGAAAAUACCAGUGUACUGUUUAUUGAUAUCUGAAAGUCUAUGCAGAAGUGCUUUCUGUAAUUCUACCAAAAUAGUCUUUGGUUUAUGCUUUGUGACCUAAUCAGGAAGGUUUUGGGGAAAAAAAAAUCCCAUUUAUUUAAGCAUGUGCUUUGGAAAUAGAAAUACCGUACUGUAGUUGCACCUGACUGAUAUGGCUACAAUGUGACAUUGAACGCACGUUUUACUUGACUGUCAGCCACGUGUAUUAUUUGCACUUUUCACUUCUGUGUAAACCCAGUACUAUAUUGUGUUCCACUUUUUUUUGUGCCACUUGUUAUACACCGUAUUUAUAUAACAUGUCCUGUUUUAUACAGAAGUGGGUGCCCUGAACAUUUAGUACUUGAAUUUGUUUAAUCAUUUAUUGUGCCAAAGAUUUUACGAGUUUGCGGUUAAAAGAAUAGCUUUUUGUCCCCAUUGCACUGCUCUUGCUCAUGAACGAAGGGAUACACCCAUGUAAAUGACCACGGAAUGCCUCUGUUUCUGUGUUGCUUGUUGAUGUCUUGGUUCCCCAAAUACAAAUGGCAUAAGAAAGAAUGACGUACUGUAGUUUAAAUGAAAUGCAAUAGAUGCUGACUCAGCUGCUGCAGCUCCUGUAUGUUUCCUUAACACACUGUGUUAUUUCUGAGAAGAAAUCAAAGAUCAAAAGCUGCUCACCAUUAGAAAUUAUUGAAACUUUGUGGAAGAUGAUGACUAAUCCUUAGAGCAAAAGAGAAAUAUAUCGGGUUUUGCUUAUGUAUGAUGCACAUCUCAGUACAGGCGAGAGGAGUUCAGAACUUUCAGAUUCUUCCUUUAUUUAAAAAAAAAGAAUGACAAUCAUUUAAUUAUUGUUAUUAUUAUUUAGUGUUAUUUUUUUUUUAUUGUUUAUUGACUAUUAAAUUAAAUGUGUUCAAGUGGCUAUUCCUUCUGGUACUUUAAAUGACACCCUCAAACUGAUUUGUAUUUAUUAUUGAUGCUGUUUUUCUAUUACAUUUUUACUGUGGAGCAUUUGUCAGAUUUCCCUAACUUGUAUCAUGAAGGUAAUCCAAACCAAUCUUACUUCUUAUAAGCUAAACAUCACUGAUAUGUGGUUUAUGUGUAACUUCCCAGUAAAUGAAUGUAACUCUUAGCCUCCAGCAUUGAAGUAGGAUUUAAUGUGUUACUACUUAAAUACUUGCACAUAUAAAUGUUUCACUGCUGACACAAAAGGGUCAGAGGAGACAUUGCUCUGCAUGUGGUAAGAGAAGGAGAAGACGUA